CUAUCUGCGUCUGCUUCGCCUCUUCUACGCUCAUCGAUUAUCUACAUCCUACAUUCUACACCAUUCAUCGCUCGCAGAGAAGAAUAGAAUCAAAACCUCACCUAGGUAUCUACAACCUCGAAAUCUGGAGAACAUCCCCAUCUUCUCCUUCUCGCCUUGACGAACCUUGUCUCCUCACGAUCAGUUCAGAAAGUAAGAGAAGAACGAAAAGGCCUCAAGAAAUAAGAAAGAUUCCAUAGCAGACGGAAUCAUGGGUCUUUCAUAUAACACAUACCUAACCAGCAAUAAGAUAUACGGCUGCAAGAGCUGCAAGACGCAUCUGAGUACGCACGAAGAGAUUAUUUCACGGAAUUUCCGCGGCCAACACGGGAAAGCCUACCUCUUCGGCACCGUCGUCAAUAUCCUCCCGGGCGACCCCUCAGAAAGAAACAUGACGACCGGACGCCACAUCGUCAGAGAUAUAACCUGCAAGCGCUGUAACGAAUGUGUGGGCUGGAAAUACGAUAAAGCAUAUGAGGCUAGCGAGAAAUACAAAGAGGGGAAAUACAUCCUGGAGGCGGAGCUGUUGUGUAAUGUUUGUUAGUGGGCGGGUGGAACUGCAGGGAGAGGAGAUGAUGGAGAAUGAAGGGAAAGGGAAAUGGAAACAAGGAGUCUGGCAUUAGGAUUUCUUUUACUUUUACUUUGAACACACACGAUCGACUACACAGCGACUACACAGCGACUACGUGUCUGGAGUUUAGAAUCGGGAGAGCGGGAUAUGCGAUUGGGUUGGGAGUCUGCGUUACAGAUGAGAAGGUGUUUUUUUUAUUUCCUUUCUUUUUCAUGGGAGUGUGUUUAUGGGUGUUAUUUGGGAGGGAGGAAGGAUGGGAAUGGCGACAUGGAUGUGGAUUUGGUUAUGGUUAUGGUUAUGGAUA